GACCAGGUUCUGGCCAAGCCUGCGGGAAGGGCUGGACGCGCCCGGCCGCCGCCUCCGCGGCCCUCAGCGCAGACCCCGGGUCCCCGCGGCAGGGCCCCUGUGUGAUGUGUCUCCCGAGCCCGCAACCAACCUGGCCGCCCUGGUCCCACACGUCCUGUACUUGCAUGGUUUUCCACCCACAAGUUAUUUAGGCGACCUGCCACCGCCUCCCCCAGGGCUCAGCUGCUGGCUUCCAGGCCUAGGUGCCCAUGACGCCUAUGCUGACCACUGCCCGGACACCACCGCUGCCACAAGCUAGCACCACCGCCCAGGCCCCAAUGCCGGUCAUGCCCAUCCCGCGGCGGGUGCGCUCCUUCCACGGCCCGCACACCACCUGCCUGCACGCAGCCUGCGGGCCGGCGCGCACCUCCCGCCUGGCGCGCACUAAGUACAACAACUUCGACGUCUACAUCCGGGCGCGCUGGCUCUACGGCUUCAUCCGCUUCCUGCUCUACUUUAGCUGCAGCCUGUUCACGGCCACGCUGUGGGGCGCGCUGGCCGCCCUCUUCUGCCUGCAGUACCUGGGCGUGCGCGUCCUGCUGCGCUUCCAGCUCAAGCUGUCGGUGCUGCUGCUGCUGCUUGGCCGCCGGCGCGUCGACUUCCGCCUCCUGAACGAGCUGCUCAUCUACGGGAUCCGAGUAACCGUGCUGCUGGUUGGGGGCCUGGGCUGGUGCUUCAUGGUCUUCGUGGACAUGUGAGGGGCAGCGGCGGGCCUGGCUCUGGGAUUUCUCUGGCCCGACCGGUGGCGGUGGGUGCGCCUGUGGCCGUGUUCUCCUCGACGGGGUAGGUCGGGUCCUUGUUCUUCCCGAGCCGCCUCACGGAUGGGGGUCGGCCGAGGCGUCCGCCCCGCCGCCAGCACGUGGGGGAGGGGGGCUGAGGCUGCGCGGGGGAGGGGACGCCGGUGCCCCCUCUGCUGCCGGAUUUGCUCCCCCCCCCCCCCCCGAUCUUCCUGGUGUGCCCGUGUCAGAACAGCGCCCGUGGCCGCCAGCCUGUACUUCCAGCCCCCGCGCUGCCAGGGUGGGCCCCGUUGGCCUCAUCUGCCCCGGGGGAGCCUGUGUGUCCCUGCCGCCUGUCCGGCACACAGGCAUGGGCCGGGGUGUGCGAGUUCGUCCUGGCCAGCCGCCGGCCCCCUUCCCGCGAACCCCCCGGUCCCUGCCCCAGCCUCAGGGGAGCGUCGGGCUCAGCGUGCUGAGGUCCCACACUGCCACGAGGCCGUUCCCUCUGCCCUGGGCCACCGAAUCCGGGCACGGCUCGCACACUCUGCGUCUGCGACCCUGAGAGGCGUAGGGGGUCCUGCGUCCCAGGCCAGGCUUCAGGGUCUUAUUGGUUUGCUCAGAUGCAGUCUGGUGGGGGUGCGGGCGGCCUUGGCAGCUUCCCUAGAUCAGGGGCCGGCCCAGGGCAGUGCCCGUCUUCUUCGGCCGGUUUGUUGACGUCAGGUUGGAUGCCACAGCCUCUUCAAGUGUGGAUUUCCGAGGAGGCAGCUUAGCUCCCUCCUUGCUGGGGGAGGGGCUCUGGCUUCUCUUCCUCGGAGGGGUGGCUGGAAGGGAACCACACGUGCACAGAGCUGACGUCAGAGGUCUCGAGGAGGUGCAGCACGGCCUGAGCGGGCACCGCAGAAGCACAAGCAAAGCUUCUGUGUAAAAAGCACCUCUUAGAGUUAUGCGUGUGCCCCAGGGCCGGGCCUCUGAGCCAGGGACGUUCAGCCCCGUGCUCCUGCCCUGGUGGCCACCAGAGCAGCUGUGGAGUGAAAGGCAGAAAUGCACGGGGGGCGGGAGAGAACAAAGGGCUGGUAGUCCAGCGGGGGCCAAUGUGUUGCCCGGACCCCUGGCCUUGGCCUUGUCUGUCAGAGGAGGACAGAGUGGCCUGGGGGCUCAGUAGUCACUGUGGGUCUCUUGGCAAGUGAGAAGGCGCUUUGAAUAAUCGUGCUGGGGCAACAGGCAGAGACCAGGGACAGGACACAGCCCCAUACUAGGGAGUGACAGACCCACGUUUCACCCUAGCUUGUCCCCACCCCCACCCCCGGGUGUGGGCAGUGCCCCUUUGGCCCUGCCUGGCCAGGCAGUCCGGUGGCGGCGGUAGGGAGCUGUCGGACGGUUGCGUCCCACUGGAAGAGAGCCCCAAGUCAGGUGGAGAAGGCGAAGGGCGCUCGGCGGUGAACCGUGCUCUGACUUGCAGCUUCCAGAUCGCCGACCCGAGGGCCGCCCGAAGGCUUCUGGUUCGCCGUUCUUUUAGUUCCCCGGACGGCAGGCGGGGAGCUGACCUGCGUGCACGCCACUGCUCAGCGCCGCAGAAUCUUUUGCACUAAGUCAUGCUGUUUCCUCAAAGUUUUGUUUCGUGUUAAUUGACUCGGAUUCCCCCAGAGCUCCCGUCGGUGGGGUGGGCACGUGUCCACGAAGUCAGGACGGCAGGAGGGGUCCAGCCGUGCGAGGGGGUGGCGCGCUGAACACAAAGAUACUCCGCGUCUCGAGUGCCUGUCAAAUUCUUUAUUGAAAUGAGCCACCUGCAUUAAACUUAUUUUUUUAACAUGUU